AUGUGGGCGGUGGGAUCGGAAGCGGUAAGCCACCGAGUGUCUUCUGCCGGCACAAAAAACAUUAAGUGGAAUUUGCUUUUCCCCACGAAAAGCUUCGCUGAGGAAUGCAUGCGCCCUGAAAGAAUGGCCGGAUCCAAGGUGCCCGAGGCAGCCACCAAAAUGACUACAACCCCCAAUUCGGAAAAGCCUUACAAACGAAAGCGUGACCUGGAUGGCUCUCAGGCAACAACGCCAACAAAGAAGAAAAAGAAGCGAGACAGCCUCGCAGCUGCGUCACCCGAAGACGAUGCCAGUACGAACAAGAAACGCAAACGGGCCAAGAAUGCGCUCCAGGGUGAAGAUUAUCAGGAAUCGGCCGGUAAAGAGAGUACUAUCGCGACAGAGCGCAGCGAAAAGACUCCUGCAGACAAGGACGACAUCGGCCAUAAAGAUGGAAAGAAAUCGAAAGAUGGCAAACGAAAGAGUUCUAAGAAGCUUGACACAAAAUCUGAUGAGAAUCCAACUGUGACACCAGAAGCCGAUGCUAUGGAUAUCGAAGAAGAGGAAGAGGCCGAGGACAAAGACGAGGGAAAAACCUCGAAGAACAAACAUGCAGGAAUUUUAUCCAAGUUUGAGCGGACAAAGGAAGCAGCCAGCAAAAAGAGCAAGAGGAAAAGCAAGAAGGAAGAGGAUGGAGAUGAUUCCAUGGAAGAUGCCGUUGAGCCUGUGAUCGCGCAGGGCUUGGAGCCUUUGCCACAGCCUGAAAACCCACCUGAGCUAGAAGAAGCACCAACUUAUUCUUCUUUACCUGCCUGGCUCGCAAAUCCUACUCGAAAAUCGGCCGACGAGCGAAGAAAAUUUUCCGAACUGGGUAUUAAGCCCGAUUUAUUGCGCAUACUUCAGCAACACCAGUACAGUGAAGCUUUUGCCGUCCAGUCCACCGUCAUUCCCCUUCUUUUAGAUGGGAACAAGAACCACCCAGGCGACUUGUGUAUUUCGGCGGCUACUGGCUCUGGAAAAACUCUGUCUUAUGUGCUCCCACUUGUGACAUCUUUAUCUUCCAGACCUGCUUCAAAACUGAGAGGCUUGAUCGUGGUGCCCACAAGAGAACUUGUGAAGCAGGCACGCGAAGCUUGCGAACUUGUUGCUGCUGGAUCGCGUCUUCAUAUCGGAAGUGCAGUGGGAAAUGUGGCUAUCAAGGAUGAACAAAAACUUCUUAUGAGGGUUGAUCAAGUGUACAACCCUGCGACUGUUGCGCAGCGCCAGAAAGCUGGUAUACAAGGGAAUGACUGGAUGGAUUUCAGCCUCGAGGACUGCGUAACUGAGGCUGUCGACUCUACUGGCUUUCUCCCAGGCUACAUUCAACGACCUGAGCCCAAUGUCGAUAUUCUUAUUUGCACACCUGGUCGCUUAGUGGAUCACAUUCGUUACACUAAAGGCUUUACUCUUAAGAACCUGGAGUGGCUGGUCAUUGACGAAGCUGAUCGCCUGCUUAACGAAAGUUUCCAGGAAUGGGUGGACGUGGUCAUGAGUUCGUUGGAUUCACGCCAGUCUCCAGACAAUUUUGGACCUGGAGGCAAGCUUUUGUCUGAUCUUGGCCUCCCUAUUGAAACAAAGCCGCCUCGAAAGGUUGUGCUAAGUGCUACCAUGACUCGUGAUAUCUCGAAGCUCAAUUCGUUGCGCUUGGCUAAUCCGAAGAUGGUGAUUAUCGGCGCCGAGAAUGCCAUGGACUUAGGCGAUCCAUCCGCCACCCACCCCGAUGCUCAUUUCACUUUGCCACCAACCUUGCAUGAGCACAUGCUGCCUGUUGGAGAUGGAUCUCAAAAGCCAUUGUAUCUUCUGCGACUACUUCUUUCCCACAUCAAGAUCGGUGUGGAUGAUAAAAAGCGCAUCGACCGCCCUAGCCGUGAAUCUAGCUCCGAUACAAGCAGUGAUGAUACAAGCUCUGACGAGUCCUCUGAUGAUGACACAUCAUCGUCUGGCUCAGAUUCGGAUUCAGAUACUUCAAGCGACACAUCCUCUGAUGCAUCGAGUGACUCUGAAGACUCUGAAAGCGACUCAGUCGAUCCUGUCGUUGAAGCUCAGACAUCACGCACCACAGUUCUGAUUUUCACAAAGUCUUCUGAAUCGGCGUCGCGUCUUGCCCGUCUCAUUUCUCUCCUCCAUCCCUCGCUUGCCAACCGCAUGGGAACGAUCAUCAAGUCGAACAAGUCUUCAUCUUCUCGUAAGACAUUGGCAGCCUUCCGACAAGGUCGUGUUUCAGUCAUCGUGGCUACCGAUCGUGCCUCGCGUGGUUUAGAUCUGCCCUCUUUGACGCAUGUCGUGAAUUACGAUAUGCCCACUAGUGUGACAACUUAUGUACACCGAGUGGGACGAACAGCGCGUGCUGGCAGAGAGGGAUCGGCAUGGACCCUGGUUGCUCACCGUGAAGGUCGAUGGUUCUCCAAUGAGAUAUCCGCAAGUGUGGAUGGCCGCAUCACCAGAAUAAUGGGCGUUGAUCGCACCCAUGUUAAACCGGCUGAUGUUAAGGAGUUCCAGUCUAAGUAUGCUGCGGCGCUGGAUGUGCUGGAGAGGGAGGUUAAGGUAGGCAAGGGGCCCAAAUCACGACCGCUUAAAGUUGUCAAAGCUUAG